AUGGCCGGGGCCGCGACGGCCGAGCCGGGCCGCGAGCCUCCCGCCGCGCCCGCGCCCGCGCCCGGGCCGGGCACCGAGGGGCUGCCGCGCGCCUUCCUGCAGAGCCUGCGCACGCUCUUCGACAUCCUGGACGACCGGCGGCGCGGCUGCGUGCAUCUGCGGGAGAUCGAGUCCCGCUGGCAGGGCGCCGACGCGCGCGAGCUGCCCCGAGGCGUUCUCGAGGGCCUGCGCCAGGUGGCCCCGGCCAGCGGCUACCUGACCUUCGAGCGCUUCGUGGCCGGCCUGCGCGCCUCGCUGCUGAGCGCUGACGGUGGCCCGCGGGGCCCCGUGCGCGCCCCGGCCCGGCCGCCGCCGCCGCCGCAGCGUCUGGCUUUCGCUCCGGCCGACGAGCCGCGCACCGUGCUGGAAAGGAAGCCCCUGCCCCAGGGCCCGCGGAGCCCCGAGCGGCCGUGCGGCCCGGCGGAGGCGGCGCCCUGCCCCGCGGAGCCGGAGCGGCCCCAGGGCGCGGCGCUGGAGCGGAGCCCGAGCGCGGACGCCGGUGCAGCGGCCUGCAGGGCCCCCCAGGUGGGCACAGGGGACAGCCGGCGGGGACCCCGUGCCCGAGGGGAGCGUCGGAGGCACACCAUCACCAAUGGCGUGGACUGCGGCCUGCUGCAGCAGAUGAAGGCACUGGAGCAGGAGAAGGAGGCGCUGCUGCAGGGCCUGGAGCUGAUGGCGCGGGGCCGGGACUGGCACCAGCAGCAGCUACAGCAGGUGCAGGAGCGCCAGCGCCGCCUGGGCCAGGGCAGAGCCGCCGCGGACUUCGGGGCUGCAGGGGGGCCCCGCCCCCUGGGGCAGCUGCUGCCCAAAGUGCAGGAGGUGGCCCGGUGCCUGGGGGAGCUGCUGGCUGCGGCCUGUACGGGCAGGGCUCCGCCCCCGUCCUCCCUGGGGCCGCAGUGCCCGGCCCUGGCGUCCUCCUCGCCCCCGGCCCCUGGCCGGCAGCAGCAAACCAUCCUCAUGCUGAAGGAGCAGAACCGGCUGCUCACGCAGGAGGUGACCGACAAGAGCGAGCGCAUCACGCAGUUGGAGCAGGAGAAGUCCGCGCUCAUCAAGCAGCUGUUUGAGGCCCGCGCGCUCAGCCAGCAGGACGCGGGGCCUCUGGACUCCACCUUCAUCUAGGGGCCAGGCCUGGACGCGGACUUGGUGCUGGCCUGGGGUGGGGCUGCCAUGCCCAGUCGGUGGACAGUGCGGUCCCCUCGCAGUACCGGCUACCAGGCAGCCCCACCCCCACGUUUACAAGGUCUGGUGCUCUCCCUCCCCUGACCCUGGGCUGCUGCGUCCCCGGAGAAAGGCCCUGGUCACUCCGGCUGCACUUUAGACAGUGGCCAGCAGAGGGCGCGGCGUGAGCGCUGCUCGUGCCCCUGGCGCCCUCUUGUGGCAGCCAGGGUGGGGUGGCCUCCGAGAGCUGGAGAGCCCGCCCGUGUCCCGCCGGGUCCAGGGCUACUUCCCUCAAUGGAAGGCGCUGGUGGGAGCAGAUGGAGAGCUAGGAGGGUGCUCUGCCUGUGCCCUCUGGGGUCCCAGGGGUGGGGUCUGGGUCCCUGCCUGGCAGAAGUGGAGAAGGAAUCAGCUCCACCUUUCGUCUCCCCUGACCAGGAUGCUGCCACAGGCUACCUGUGGUCACCACUGAAGGACCUCACCACCAGAGGGCCCUGGGCAGAGUCCCCCACGCCCGGCUGUGCACAGGGAGAGGGCAGGACACAGCUGGGCAGGGCCCCCCCCCCGUCACUCCUGCCCCGCUGCCCAUGGCCAGUCAAGGUCACCCCAGAGCUCCAUGGUAUGGGGACCAACCCUGGAGGCCACAGAGCCAGCUUCCCCCUCAGCCGCCGGGUGCCCAGGGUCGGGCCCAGAUCACACCCGCAGAUAGGCCAAGGGCAAGGUGUCCCUACACAGUGCCUGCGGCCAGGGCCCCCAGGACCACAGCCCCACGAGCGCCACCAGAUUGGCCUCUGCCCUGUGACCUGGUGCCCCCCCUUCUCAAAGACCUGUGCCCCGCUCAGGGCAGACCCCGGCUCUAACAGGUCAGGCCACGGCUGGGGGCUGUGCGUGCGCUGCUCACCUCCGCUCACCUGGGCAGGCACCCGCGGCUGCCCCUCCCACACAGAGCUGUGGGCUGAAACCUGGUCCCCGGGGGAGAAGCACACAGCCCCGCCCUGCUGGGGUGAGUCGGGGCUGUGGGGGGCGCCCUCCCCCUGCCCAGGUGCCUGGGUGUUGAAACAAAGUUGCCCUCUGAGACUCCGCUGCUGCGGUUGGAAGGGCCUGGCUGGGCGGAUCACCCUGCUUUAGGGGACCUGAGCCCCCGCCCCAGCUCUGUGCCGCCCGGCUCCAAGGAAGGCAGCGUCGGAGGUGUGGAAGAGCUCAGAGCCGCGGGCAGCGGGAGGGUUUGUGGGUGCGCACACAGGAUGUAUAGUAACCGCGUUUUAUACAGCUAAAGGAAUAAAGAGACUUGAAUGUGAACACGGAGUGGUCUUCACGGCCUCUCACCCCAACAAGAGCACAGCU